AUGGUGGGAUGCCUUCAAUUGCACCGAAAACCAGACUAUAUCUUGGUUACAAAACUUGGAGCAUUAAAAGGGAAAUUGAAAGAAUGGAGCAAAACUGUCUCGAGAAACGUAAGAGCCCAAAAGCAAGAGGUGUUGAGACAACUAGCUGAACUAGAGGAGAUGAAGGAACAUAGAGCUUUAGAGGCAGUGGAAAUAACCUCUAGACUAACUCUGAGUAUGAAAUUUGAAGACAUAGCCAACGGGGAAGAAAUUGCAUGGAGACAAAGGUCCAGGGCGGUAUGGUUAAAGCAAGGGCAUAGGAACACUGGUUUUUUUCAUAGAACUGCCAAUGCACACAGGAGUACAAACACAAUUGAUAAGUUAAAAGUAAGAGGUGUGAUCAUGACGAAAGCAGAAGAGGUUCACGAGGAGAUAAUAAGUUACUAUGAGAAGCUGUAUUCUGAACCAGAAGACUGGAGACCACAUCUUGACAUGAGGAACUGUCCAACGAUUGGAGAAGAGGAAAGUAGCUUACUGAUGGCACCAUUUGGGCAACAAGAAAUUCUGGAGAGUAUAAAAACAUGUGCAGGUGACAAAGCACCAGGACCCGACAGUUUUUCCAUGGCUUUCUUUAGCCAAUGUUGGGAAACCAUCAACACUGACCUAAUUGCAGCAGUACAAAAUUUUCACAAGAAAUCUUCGAGAAGAGCAUCAAUGCCAUAUUUGUAG